AUGCCCCGCCCCAAACCCACCCCCCGACGGCGCGGGCAUUCCCCAGCCCCCCCAUUGCCCUCGCCGCAGGCACGCAGGCGCCGCCCAGGGCAGCGGACAUUGCAGGAGAUCCGCAAGUACCAGAGCAGCACCCGCCUGCUGCUGCGCCCUGGCCCCUUUGCCCGCCUGGUGCGGGAGCUCUGCCUGCUCUUCACCCACGGGGUCGAUUACCACUGGCAGAACACGGCCCUGAUGGCGCUGCAGGAGGCAGCAGAGGCCUUCAUGGGCAGCCUGUAA